AUGGGUGUUGUUGUGACGUGUGUAGCGAAGAGGUGUUGGUUGUUGGGUGAGGAAAGCUGGAGUGUGUUUGGGAAGCUCAAGCCUGCCGCCAAGCCGCGCCUUCUGAGUUUCCCUCCUGGUGCUAUUGUGGGCUCUACUGCGCCAACACAGACAUAUUACAUGCUCGCUGAGGGUCGCAAUAUGAUCAGUAAGCACCACAGAGUCGAUAGCAACUUGUCCGGUGUUCAGCACGUGUGUAUGUGGCCGGCGAGGGACGGCGAAGAAAUCUUCGCGGCUUCACCAGCAGAACGCCGCAGCUGGAAGGACCCUGCCGCAGCUCGCAAUGUAGCACUACGAGCCAUCACGGCGGUAUUGAUGCCUAUACGGCCUUCUUACAUACAUGCGGAUGGUCGCGAUAAGCUACAGAUGGACCGCAAAGUCGAUAGCAACUUGUCCGGAGUCCAACACAUGAGUAUUUGGCCGUCGAGGGAUGAGCGAGGAUAUGCCACACGACAAGUACUGUUCCCCGAAGCUCACUACACAGCACUGCGAAGCCACCAAGGCGGUAUUCUGCAUACAUUCCGAGAGUCGCGAUAG